AUGCGCUCAAUCAGCCUCGUGGCUCUUGCCGCGCUCUCGUGUGCGACCGAGUCUCUCGCAGCAGAAGUUCUGCGUCCCAAGUACUAUUUCCCCCGUGAUGUCAACCGACGUACCAACAGUACUUCAACUUCCACGAGCAGUGGUACUUCCAACGAAGUCGUUGUCCCCAUCUACGUCUACGUCGGUUCUGAUGGCCAAUCCACUACGACUAUCGUCGACCCUGUCACAACGCCAAGCCCGACCACUGUCGCUGCUGGUGCCGUGACAGCCGCCGCUGCAGGCUCUACGACUUCGCCAACUCCCGAUUUGUUGGCUGCUCUGGGAAGCCUGUUCGACCCAAGCACAACUCCGGCCGUAGGCUCUACAAGUGGUCUUCCUACUAGCGUCGUUCAGCCGACAGCUGCAACUUCCGCUCCAGUCACAGUCCCCGUUACAAGCGGUGCUGCAUCUGCCACAUCUACUAGCACCAGCUCAGAUGGGAACUUGGUUUCUGACCUUUUGGGAUCUAGUGGAUUGCUUGGUGGGCUAUCGCCCAGUUCAACCGCCUCGUUGAGCGCUCCUGGUAUCACGGUAGGUCUUUCCAGCAUCUACUCGUCUCCUGCGAUACCGACGGCGACCUCGUCUGUGCCUGCAUCCGUACCUGCAUCUUCUGUGUCCGCGUCCGCGUCUGCGUCUGCUAGUAGCACUAGCAGCAGCAGCAGCAGCACAAGUGAAGGUCUUCUUCCCUCUUUUCUGUCUUCACUUCUUCCUAUUGGUGCUACCACUACCAGCACCAGCACCAGCGCCAGCGCCAGCGCAACUGGAUCCAGCUCUGCCACAAUCUCUUCUCAGCCUACCACUUCAACUGGCCUUCCUUCUUUGUCAAUCCCCAUCUCCAUUCCCAGUUUGACAUUGACCUCGUCCACUGCUGUUAUCCCUACUGCUUCCAGCGGUUCGGCUACUAGCAUUCCUGUCAGCAUCCCUGUUAGUAUCCCUGUUAGCAGCAGCCCUGCUGUCCCUACGGCUACAACUUCUAGCCCGUCGUCCAGCGGUGCUGUCACGACAAAGGUCCCCGGUUCAUCUACAAGCGCUUCGUCCAGCAGCGCUUCUGCCUCAGUCUCGUCUUCUGCUCCUUUGACUGCUACUUCAGCAACUGUCGCUCCUUCUUCGAUUGCAGUGCACUCUUCAACAACACAGACCACCUUCAGCGCAUCCGAGACCUCUACUAGCACCACCGCUUCAACAGCCACCAGCGCCUCUUCAACGCAGACAACCCAGUAUAUCCCACCCCCAGUUCAAAGCCCGACCGAGACCAGCACUGGAACGACCGCCACGUCAUCCUCUGGACCUACGCAGAUUCCUCAGGCUAUUUCACCUCCAGGUGGCACUCCAGACACUCCUGAGAACUCUACCUUGGUUCAGUUCGGUUUCAACAAGGCCUUGUCAUGGGAGACUGUUGCUACAUCUGCCAAUUGGGCUGACCAAAUCUACUACUAUACCCCUAUCGGCGUUGCAUACGCUCUUGCUGACUCCACAAGCGACGUUGUCAACUACUGGCUCGGUUCGUACGAUACCAAGAGCACUCUCGGCUACGACACAACCAUUAUCAAGUUCUUCAUUCCCAGCGAUCAGAUCGACACUUUGAACGGUCUCCGACUCUUGCCAUCAUCCAACUUGUACAAGCAGCCUAACACACCCAAUGACCCACCUACAUACAACCAGGAGUCGAUUGUGAACCUUUUCUCUAUGCUCAACACUGACAUUCCCCUUGUUGCUCAACAACCUUCUGGAUCUGCCCCUUCCAGCAAGCCUGGCUCAAACGGAAACGGUGGCUCGACUGGUGGCAACAAUGACAACGGUUCCAACCCGGGCGAUGGUAGCGCAGCCAGCAGCAAUAACGUCCGCACCAGCUCUAUCGGCAUUGGUGUCGGAGCUGCUGCCGGUGCCGCUGCUUACGCUGGUGUCAUGUUCUACGUUGCCCGCCGUUACAGGAAGCGCAAGCAAUUGCACGCUCGUUCACCCUCGGUCACCACCGCUGCCAUGAGCGAUGUUGGCGGUGCAUCCAUGUUUGCUCAAAAUGCUCGCAUUUCACACAAUAGUGGCCGAAGUGGUCGUACUGCUAUGAUCAGUGCACCUGUCAUGUCCGAAAACUCUUUGGGAUGGAACUAAUCUGAACGACGUAUCAAACUGACUUGUUUUUUCUUUCUCGCACAAUCAAAUUUCACCCUUGUCCUUACCACCGCCUAUCCUGUAUUUUUUUUUCCCCGACAACUAUCGACUUCGCUAUCGACAGAUUUCCUUAUAUUUUCAUUUCCUCUUCCAUCUUCUCUCAUGGAAUUUCUGAACUUUCAAUUAUUCCCCAUUACGUUUUAACUUUUUCUCUUUUUCUAUACAAUCGUCAUACCCCUUACUUAUACCUAUAUAUGUAUAUGUCUAAGGUGUUACCAUUCUCUUUCCCGACCUCUGGGGGUCUUUUUUCCUUCUUAUCAUAUGACUUCCUAGUUGGAAGUACCUUGAUGAAUCUUGUCUUUUUACGCAAGAUGCAUUCUAUGGCUUGCGACUUCUUGUACAGAUGUAUAUUUGAUAUAGUGAGGUGGUAGAUGUUUGAAUUAUGGUGGAGGUGAUGUUGAGUUGGGUUUAAUGAAUACUUUUACUUUU